GACACAAACAAGCACAACCUAGCGUGAAAUCGGCCUAAAACACGAGAAUCAACACCUCAAACGGUGUAAGUAUGAGGGUAAAAACAUGUGUAAAUGACGGUCUAUCAAAAGGAUUCGAGAAGAGUUGGAAGAAACGGUCUGGCAAGAACAGAUCCUCUGGAUGCAGAAAUCGCGUGCCAACUGGAUGUUGUUUGGAGACCUUAACACACGUUUUUUCACACAAGUACCUUGACCAGAAGAAGGAGAAACAUGAUUACUUGCCUUAAAGCGGAGGAUGGCAACUGGGUUACUGAUCCGGACGCCCUCCUGGAUAUGGGAAGACAGUAUUAUUGCAACCUGUUCAGAAGUGAUGAUCAACCGCUUCAGCCUCCACUUCCAUGUCUCUUCCCCGAGAUCAGUCAAGCUCGCUUUGCUAGAAUCAGUGCUCCUCCUUCCAAUGAGGAAAUCAAAGCCAUCAUCAAUGACAUUAAUGGGCUUAAGGCGCCUGGAAAGGACGGAUUUCACGCUCUUUUCUUCCAAAAAUGUUGGGAAAGCGUUGGGGAGGACUUCUGCAAGUUCAUUCAGGAAUGCUUUAUCUGCCAUAAUCUGAUAAGCAGGACCAAUGAGACUCUGCUGGUCUUAAUCCCUAAGACAGAAGCCCCUGUUUCCAUGAAGGAGUUUAGGCCAAUUAGCCUUUGCAAUGUUGGCUAUAAAACGAUAGCCAAAUGCUUGGCUAACAGGAUCAAAGGACUUAUGCCAAUCCUUGUGAAGCAGAACCAGACUAGCUUUGUACCUAAACGCCAUAUCACUGACAAUAUUCUGAUUUUGCAGGAAACUGUCCACUCUAUGGCCAGAAAAUCAGGAAAGAAAGGAAUGAUGCUCAUGAAGAUUGAUCUGGCAAAAGCCUACGAUCGAAUUGAGUGGAAAUUCCUUGAGCAAACCUUGUACCUUGCUGGUUUUCCCCCCAACUUUGUUGCUAUUGUGAUGCAGUGUGUUUCUUCCACCCAAAUGCAGGUGCUCUGGAAUGGGGGAGAAUCUGAAAGCUUCUCUCCAAGUAGGGGACUCCGUCAAGGAUGCCCUCUGUCACCCUACCUGUUUACUUUAUGUGUGGAGAGACUCAGCCAUUGUAUUGAGAAUGCUGUGAAGGAAAAGAGAUGGAAGCCUGUGAAUUUGUCUCCAGGAGAACCUCCCUUAUCUCACCUUUUCUUUGAUGAUGACCUGGUGCUGUUUGCUGAAGCCAGCCCGAGACAGGCAGAGGUGGUGAUGGACUGCAUUGAAGCCUUCUGUUCUGCCUCAGGAGAACAAAUCAGCAAAGAGAAGUCCAGAGUCCUUUUCUCCAAGAACACAAAGUGCUCUAAUCGAAGGGAUAUCUGCAACAGGUUGGGGAUUCAGGAGACUGAUGACCUGGGGAGGUACCUGGGAGUUCCUGUUCUUCAUGGAAUAAUCUCCAAAACCACCUUCAAAUACAUCCUGGAGAAGAUUGAUCGGAAGCUCACAGCCUGGAAGGCUAAAACACUUUCCCUGGCAGGACGAGUUACACUUGCACAGUCUGUCCUUAAUGCAAUUCCUACCUAUGCUAUGCAAACAUCAAUGCUUCCUGUUUCCAUCUGUGAUGAUAUUGAUCGCAGGAUUAGACGGUUCGUCUGGGGAUCACAAGAAGGAAAAAGAAAAGUGCAUCUGGUGUCAUGGGAGAAGGUGUGCACCGCAAAGCAGCAAGGAGGAUUGGGACUUAGAUCAGCUCGAAGUCUCAACCUGGCUUAUAUGAUCAAGCUGGCAUGGUCAAUUCUGAACAACAAGGAUGAUCUCUGGGUGAAAGUAAUGCAGGGGAAGUACUUUCACCAGCGAGAAGGAAGAAUCAUUGGCAUGAAGAGGAGCAAUCACUCAAGCCUUUGGAAAGGAAUCCUUAAAUCUUACCCUUUGAUGCAGAGAGCCACUGUUUGGAGCAUUAGGGAUGGAAGAACAACCGAUUUCUGGAACCACCCCUGGAUCGAUCAAGAUACCUUGCUUAAAGAUUUCAGCCUGAGAUCUCUCACUGAUGAUGAAAGAUGUUGCUCCGUGGCUGAGAUGGCUAAUGACCAAGGUGAGUGGGAGUGGAGUAAGCUUAAUUCACUUCUCCCUAAUGAUUGUCUCAUGCGCAUUGCAGGGAUGGAAGCACCUGUGCAAGGAAUGGGAGAGGAUACCACGAUCUGGGGGCUGGAAAAAGAUGGAAGGUUCAGACUUAAAUCAGCUUACCUGCUGGCUGCAAACGAGGUUGGAGAGGAAGCUCAAGCAGUGUGGAAGAAGCUCUGGGAGUGGAAAGGGCCAAAUAGAGUGAAGCAUUUCCUAUGGCUAGUCCUACAUAACCGGCUUCUUACAAAUCAUGAAAGAACGAAAAGGAAGCUAACUACAGAUGGAAGCUGCAAGGCCUGCAAUGAGGAGCUGGAGACGAUCGAGCACAUCCUACGAAAAUGUAGGAAAACAGAGGGAGUCCGAAAAUUCUUCAAGAUGGGACAUUCACCAGGGGAAAACAGAAGCUUCCAGCAAUGGAUCAUCGACAACAUCAAUGAUUCAGACAGGGGAACUGACUUUGGCAUCACCUGCUGGAUGAUUUGGAAACAGAGGAACGAAGAAAUUAUGGAUUGGAAAACGUACUCGGAGGCAGGGCUGAUUAGUAAAAUCAUGUCUUGGAUUCAGGUGUACAAGCAAGCAAGGAUUAACGAGGAAAAGAGCAUCGUGGCACCUCGGAACCAACACAUUCAAACGUCCGUUGCUUGGAAGCCACCUAGAGAGGGUUGGAUUCAAAUCCAAACCGACGGAUCAGUGCUGCAAAACUCAGGAAAAGCAGCAGCAGGGGGCCUCCUUCGAGACCACCUUGGAAGAUGUCUCGAUGCCUUCACUUGCAAUUUGGGAAGCUGCACAAUCACCACAGCCGAGCUUAGAGGAGCAGAAAUUGGAUUGCAGAGAGCGUGGGAAAGAGGAUUUCGUAAGGUGGAGUUGAACCUCGACUCUUCGACAGCAAUCACCAUCAUGAAAAAUAUCGACGAUACGGACCACCGUCACGGUCUCAUUGCAACGCGGAUUGGGAAGCUUUUGAACCUCAACUGGGAGGUUAUCUUAUCCCAUGUCUAUAGAGAGGGAAACUUCGCUGCCGAUUUCUUGGCGAGCAAGGGUCACUUGGCCCCUUUUGGUACACAUUUCUUCGAUGUGUACGAUCCCAAUCUUUGUAAAUGGUUAUUGUAUGACUCCAUGGCCAUCUCCAUGGAUCGCUCUAUUAAUUUAAUGAAUUAGGACGCAUUGUCGUCCGUCUUCCUACCAAAAAAAAAGUUAGACAACACCUUUACAUCCGGCUUUCCUACACCUUUCACUUGACUGAAAUAAACUAAAACUUGGAGGAUUAAAAGUGAAAGAACUAAAAAAGAGCUUUGGCGCCAACUCAAGGAGGAUAAAUCCAAACUAACCAAUCUUAACUAGAUAUAUUGUUAGUUACGACCAUAAUCAACCACUUUAUGUGAAACUACGUUAGAUAACACCUUCACUUCCUACUUUCCUACACAUUUUACUUGACUUAUACAAACUAAAACUUGAAAGAUGAAAAGUAAAAGAGCUAAAAAAAGCUUUGGCGCCAACUCAAAUGACCACCGUUUCAAAUGUGUGCACUCGACAAUUAAUAUUAGUUGGAGAGACAGAUAAAUGGACGACACCCACUCCUUCUUAAGUUUAGUGUCAACAAUAAUUUAUCAAUCCGAAA